AUCGGCCGCAGGGCGAACUCUGAUCGGUCGAGCAUCGGCACGAAUUAGCUUCAUCAACUAUGGGUCGUGCUGAUUCGGAGGCACCGGCACCGUCGAGCGUCGGCACGGCUGGGCUGGGCUUCGACGACCACGGCGGAGGCCCCGCGGCGGGAGGCGGCUCGGCGUUCGACACCAACGUGGUGAUCAUCCUCGCGGCGCUCUUCUUCGCGCUGCUCUUCGCCAUCGGGCUCAACUCCCUGGCCCGGUGCGCGCUCCGGUACGGCAGCCGCGGGGCAGCCGCGGCAGCAGCGGCCACCGGCGCGGGCGGCGCGUCCGCGCGGCGGGGAAGCGGCGGCGCCGGCGGCAUCAAGAGGCGCGCGCUGAGGAGCCUCCCCGUGGAGGUGUACGGCGCGGGCGGCGGGGAGGACAUCGACGACGUGUGCGCCAUCUGCCUCGGCGAAUUCGUGGACGGCGAGAAGGUGCGCGUGCUGCCGCGGUGCGGCCACGGGUUCCACGUCCGGUGCGUCGACGCCUGGCUCGUCUCCCACGGGUCCUGCCCCACGUGCCGGCGGCCGGUCAUCGAGGGCGCGCCCGCGAAGGGCGGCGGCGGACGGAGCCAGCGUCCUGCGGAGACUGAGACGAUCGCCGUGGUCAUCGUGUGAGCUGGUCGAUCGAACAUCUGAGACUCCCACGCCUUUGCCGGUGCUACAGCACCACAAGGUAC